AUGUCAUCUCGUAGAUCCAGCUCCUCUUCCUCUUUGCAAAGUACCGACUCUUAUCCCAGUCUGUACAAAUCCAUCUCGAGCAAGCGCACUUCAGUUAGUUCACCGUCAACCACAAUCUGUUCAUCAACAUCUUCCAGUUCAAUACAAUCCGAAUCGGUCUCCAAACUCCCGAAUGUCCCACAGCGAGAGACAACCUGUUCAACGGUUCCCCCUCGCUUGAAAUGGGAUCGCGAGGCUCCGGCACCUAACCGUCCAUACGAUUCCCGCAAGUAUGACGUUCCAUUCAAACCUCUCCAGCCCUAUCUGAGGCAACUCGGAGGACUGGGGGUUCCACCUCGCAAACCUUGUCAAUCACCGAAACCGGAUGCAUUUCACAAGCGGACCUACAUUGACGAAAUUUUCCAUAAGCGGGUCACCGAUGCCAGCACCUUUUCCAUUACCGAACAACCCAGAACGAGUGUUUGUCUGGAGGAGAAAACUCCGGAAAUCGAAGAAAUUACGCUGAAUGUAGUGAAAAGCAUAAUUCUAGCGGACAAUGUCAAUUCCGAAGGAAGCAUCGCGAGUGACACAUCCGAAUCCGAUGAGGAUUUCUCCGAGAUAAGCUGGACCGCAUUUCAGCAGCAAUCGAAGCGGGACCAAGUGCUGAAGCAAUGCAAGCGAUCGUUUUUUCAAGCUCGGAAGCAGCUGUUCAAAUUGCGACAGUACGACGAUUAUGUAGCCGAGAAGAACAGACAACCGGAUGAGGUGGAAUCGUGGGAAAUCUCGUCGGAAAGUACGGUGGAAUCGGUUGGAAGCUCAAAGCUGAACGUUGUUGAGAAGCAAGAAGCAGUGAUAGAACCAUGCGAGUCGGACGAUGAAUACAAAUCGACGGAGAUAGUACAUGAGGAAGAAAAGUUACGAUUCCAGCAACAUGAACAGUCCUACAUGGAUAAGAUACGUGAGCAUAUGUGGAGUCAAUAUGAGGAGCAAGAGAGAAAACAAAGGGAGGAACAAGCCGAGCGUGAACAAUCACCGGAGCCAUUGGAGGAAGAAGAAAUAUUGAGGAAUGUUCCGAAGCAGGAUUAUUUGAACGUGAAGAAGCAUGCAUUCCGGCAACAACUAGCUGAUCGCUUGGAGGAAAUUGAGCGUUCGAUAAAACGGGAGCCGAAAAAGCUUCCCCAGACGGCGAUUCAGUUUGAAAAGUAUACCGAUGAAUUGAUGCGAGAACGGAGGGAGCUGAGGGACGAAGCCUUGUUGGUGGAUGAGCAUUACAAGAAGGUCGGUUUGGAGAUUGAAGUUCCGGAGAAGGAUCUACAGUUGCGCAAAUUUCGUGCGGAGGAUCACAAAAGUGAAGCGGACGGUUCCGAGGAAGAGGAAGCUGAAGAUAAGUGUUCAGAGGCAGAGGAUGAACCGAUUGUGCAUACUUGUAUGACGCGGCUAGAGUGGGCACGCUGGAUGGGCCGUUGCACAAAGCUGGAGAAGCUCAAGCUACCACAAGUGAAAAUUCCUCGCCUACCGAGGGUUGUUCAUAAAUCAGAGCAAAGUCCGAUAAAGAUGUAUAUCAAAGGAUUACACAAGGAAGAUAAGCAGGCGAAGAAGGGGAGAGAACCUAUGGUGGAAUGUGCUACCGAAAUAGAUGCGAAGCACAGUGAAAUGAAAGCCGUCAAGUGGCAUUUGAAGGAUAUGUUAUAUGACAAACCGAAGGAGUACACGGUUUCCAAAUUUAUACCGUACCGGCCUCCGAUCAGACCGUUUCCCGAAUUGGCGAAGGACAGAUUCAAAGUAAGUCAGGCGGUUCGCAGAAGACGACGCGAUCGACGGAAGAAUCAUAUGGUUUGGAUUGAUCAGUUAGUGCAGGAAAUUUGCGAUCGAAAUUAUAUGUAA